ACACUCGUGUCAAAGUACACGCUUUAAAUUUCGUUACUGACCCGGAAGUGUCUCUAAAAAUAGAUUUAGGUUUUUUUACAAGCUACUGAAACGAAAAGUUGAAUGUUAUAAAUUUUAAUAAAUUGAUCUAAUAUGUGUAUAAAUUGGACAAUUAGAAGGUUAAGGAUACAGCAAUUAAAUUUUAUCGACAAUGAUGUCCACAUUGAUACACAGUUGCAGCAAAGACAGCCGGUGAUAAAGAUCAGUCUAGAAUAAUUAUGGAUUCAAAAGCUUCUAGUAAUUUUCCACGCAAAGAAAAACUUAAAAAUUUUGAAAGGGCUUUCCUAGCUUUGCAUAUCACUAAAGAGGGUAUAAGGUCAGCCGUAAGUGAUAAAGUAGAAUCCUACUAUGAAGAAUUUCUGACAGACAUUUACAAGAAGCUAAAUAUUGAUUCCGGAAGCAAAUGCGGAGGAUGUUACACGAGAAAUAUAGUUGCACGUCCUUUUACAGUAAACAGUAAUGAUGACAGCGGCUGCCCAAAAAAGAUUUGUAACUAUCUCAAAUAUAAAAUUAAAGCAAACCACCGUAAUAGAAAACCAAAUUACGACAAUACAGACGCAAAACAGUGGUAUAGCAAUCCUUGGGAACUUGCCAAAUGUUUUAUGCCGGAGGGGUAUAGAAAGGUUAAAAGUGCAGCUGAAACAGACUUCUUUGGAGUAAUUAAUGUUGUCAUCAACCACGAGAUUUUUCCGGUUGAUAAUUGCUUUAAGCAGGGCAAAUUAAUUUCCAACGAUAUUCGACAUUCUGGAAGUUUAGAACUGAAUGAUGAAGAAUUGCAGAAGAUUUUUACAACUUUGAACAACAUACUGGUUUUCCCAGAAUUCUUUGAUAAAGCGAGAGAUGCCCGAAAGGAGCUAGAAAAGCUCAACAAUCAUAAUCAAUUCAGCCGAGAAAUGGUUUUAGAAAGUGUAAAAGAAACGAAAAUGGUGGAAAACCUAUUUUUGAAAAUAGAGGAAUUAGAAAUGCGACUGCUAAAAAUAGAAAUUUCAAGGAAUCCUUAUGAGGCCGAUAUCAAACAAAGUACGAAGAUAGAAGGUGAAGGGACAAACAAGCAAAACAAUUAUGGUAUCCCAAAGCUACAUCCUCGUGAUGGUAAAUUGAUCAAGCUUAAAGAUAAUGAACUACAAAUGCUUCUCCAGUGUUGCUCCAACGAGCCCGUGAAAGGUGGAUUUGGACAAGUUUACAUAUCACAAUCCAAAGUACCCGGGUUAGAUAUUUAUGUCGUUUUAAAAAAGAUAACAUGUGAAGACAAUGAAAAAACAAAGAUUAUUACGACAUUCAAUGAAAAGAUAUCAAGAAAGGUUAUGCAUUUUGCUAUUGUUCCAUUGAUUGGGUAUAUGGAAAAGAAAAUUAGCAGUUCCAGAAGCGAAUACUAUUUCCUGUCACCAUAUCUUAAAAACGGAAGUUUGCGCUCAUGUAUAGACUAUGACGAAGAGGAGAAAGACAGGGAAAAAAUAAAACUGAAACACAGGCGUCGUAUUGAAAUACUUUUCCAAGUUGCUUCGGCUAUACAUUAUCUACAUACACCUGUGAAAGACUACAGUAAAGAAGACAGGGGAACUGUCCUGCAUAUGGAUAUCACGUCCUCAAAUAUUGUAUUGGAUAAACACUUAAAUGCAAGAUUGAUCGACUUUGGUCUUGCACGUGAAAUGAAUGAAGGCCAGACAAAGGUGUCACUUACUCAGUCUAAACAAUUUGGAACUCCAGGUUAUUUCCCAACAAAACGAUAUUCAGAACUAACAGUUCGUGAAGAUUACUACAAUUUUGGUGUUGUUAUACGCGAAAUUCUCACAGGAAAACUACCAUACAUUAAGACAAAUGGUGAGCCUGAUGAACUCAGAAGUCAUGGUGAAGGUACCAUUAAAAUGUCAUUGCAGACAAAUGUCUGGCAUACUGAUGUAGACGGAAUCCAGGAAAAGGUUGAUAAGUUGGUAAGCCUUUCUGCACGAUGUUUGGAAAGAAACAAAAAAAAAGACAGCGUUACCUCGGCCGUUAUUCUUAAAGAUUUAAAAGAAAUAAGAGUGAAGGAAGACUUUAUAAGAGACCUCAGAAAAAAAUGCGAUAUAUGCAUGAUUAAUCCUUGUGUCGAAAAUAACAAAGGUUUGUCAACUCACAAAUGUUGUGGUGAUCAAUGCUAUAUUGCGAUUAAUGUGUGUUUGCCAUGCAUGAGAAACUCUCAUUUGAAUCCACUCGUAUGUCCAACAUGCGGUGAAAAAAUUGUUCCAGAAAUAGGGCAUACCUUUGCUGCAGUACUCAUAGCUGGUUCUGACAUAUAUCAAGAAUGUACGCAAUCAUUAAUUGACGAUGUCAAAGAAAUAAAAACAGUACUUGCUUCAAAAUACCCGUGCGUUAUCGGUAUAAGCGAAGAAAGGAUUAAAGUGGUCACUCCUGAGAGUCCUGGACAAAGAGAUCUUCUACCUAAAAUUGCAGCCGCUUUUAAGUCUCUACACGAUAGCAAGGACAUUAGAACGCUACUCUUUUAUUAUACCGGACACUUUUCCUCCUCUGAAACUGGAUUUCUGCUAGAUGGCAACAAUAGCGUUUUAAAUCUGACGGAUUUGCAAGCCCACUUCGAGCGAUUUUGUGAAAAAAGGAAGGAAACUAAAAGAAUUAUAGCAUUUCUCGAUUGCUGUGAACCACCGGUUAUUGAAAUUAGUCUACCAAAAAGCAAGCAGGUACAAAUUUGUCAACUCAAUGUCUGUAGACAGAACGAAGUAGCCUACCAGAAUAAAGAUGGCAGUCUUUUUCGAAUGUUAUUCGUUCAAGCCUUGACAAGGAAGAUUUUCAAUAUAGAUUGUAUUAUUUAUUCAGAUGAAUGCAAGUAUUGUGUAAUGUCAGGAGAGUUCAUUUCUAUAACGAAAAUCUUUGACUAUAUCUCCGAUCACAUCACAAGCGAAAAUAAAGGCAGAAAACCAGCAAUUAGUUUGCCGAUAGAUAGCACCACUGACGAGACCUGUUUCGGAUAUAACAUCGAGUUAGCUGCUGAAUUCGAGUUCAAAUUUCAGAACAAAAAUUUCGAGGAAAAUGUAAAAAUUGAGAUUACGAAAGGAAUAUAUUGCGACAUUGACAAGUUGAAAUCAUGUAUUCAUCAUGCAUUAUGCGAGAAGAAUGACGAAACACUUAUGUUCCCUUCAAGUAAGUUUCUGGACACAUUAUCAUUACAAAUCUACAAUGGACAGCAACAUGGAGAAGAAUUGCAAUAUAUGGUACAAGUUUCGGCUGCGAUGGAUAAUCAGCAAUGUGUUGUUGUCUCAGUAAGGCCAGUUUCAAGAAUAUUGAAGGGAAGAGUUGUGUUGUUCCCUCCACAAACAGAAUUUAUUGAGUAUCUGAAGGAAAACAAGUUGUUAACAGAGUCGACAGAAUCACCGAGGGACGCUCCUGCAACUGUUACACUGUCAAAAAAUCAGCUUGGUACAAUUAGUACUAAUAUCAAGUAUGACGACGUUCUCAAAACGAUGAGCUCUGAUCUAAACGAAGUGUAUAAAAAAUGGGACAAUGUUAAAGUUAGUAAUGUUUUCCUCUUUGAUUUUUUUCUUGAACUAAUAAAAGAAUAAUUAAUAUCAUUUACAGGACAACACAAAAUACUUUGGAAUACUAGAAGUAAUUAAGAUAUAUCUACGGCAAUAUUAUUUGCAGAGAAAGUGUCAUUAGCUUAUUUAUUAAAACCACAUUUAGGUUUCAGAAAUUGUUUAUUGAAAUUGACCAUGUAUUCAGGCAAUGUAUAUAUUUUCUGGAAAGUCUAUUUAAGUCCCUUUUUAAACUGUUUUAUGCUCUGGUUAUACAAUUAGUUGAGCCAUUGUCCGCGCGCGUGUGUGCGCGCACGUGUGAAUGUGACGCGCGUUCUUGAGAGUACGUCUGCAUGAUUGUUUGAUAAAGUAUAAACUUUGCAUCUGGUCCAUAUCUUAUACAUGAAUGAUGAUAUUUUAAAAUCAAUUGUUACACAUUUAAUUCUUUAUAUACAUAAUGUACCACAUGCAAACCCAAGUCCGUAUGUCAAUGUCAAGGCAGAGGUCGGAGCUAAGCCAAUUUGUUUUAAACAACUUUCGUGCGGUUUAAGUUCUUGUCCGGUUGCAAAAAUCUAGUUCAAAAAUAAACUGGUACACAUGGCAACUUUAUGUAGAUUAUGUAUGUCAUCAGUAGGUGAAAGGUUAAGAUCGCAGCAGUGGACACAACUUGAGUGGAUUUCAUAUAUUUCCUGAAAUGCAGUUUAUGUUUGUAUCUGGCUAAUAAAUUCUGCUUGCUUGAUUUAUUUUCAGAAUGGUACUCAUAAUUAUUAUAAGAGGACGUAAGACACUUAUUCCUAUAUUUGAAAUAUGUUGGCCACGGGAGGGGAUUGAAUUUGGUGCAUUUUGUCUGGCUUCCAUCGUCAGUAAGUGCGUCCGUGCAUCCGUCGUCAACUAUUUUUACAAACAGCUUCACCUUAGAAACCACUCGGUCAAAUUUUAUUACAUUUUCCUGGGAUAUUUCUAGCAUGAAGCUCUACUGAAAUUGUUCACAUGGUUUUGAUACAUUGAACAUCUGGGUCAGAAGGGAUACAAAUAGUCUUUUAAAAAUGAAAUCUUUAUAAACCUUCUCCUCUCAAAUUGCACAGCAUAAAGCUUAGAUAUAUCAUUUAUGUAGUUCUACAAAAAAUGUUAAAAUUUAUAGUGAAAACUUUAAUAAAUCCUACAGAAAUAAUUAUGCUCUAUUGUUAAACAUACUCAAAACUACUCAAUAACAUUUAUAUUUAACAUUUUAAUAUAUUCACCGUAAUAAUACUAAAUACAUUAAUUUAUGUUGGUGGUUGAAUGUUAUACUGCUAUUUUUAAUUUGAUUAAAAUCAGAUAAAAAAUAGAUUGGAUUAAUUAAAUAGAAAAAACGUAACUACAUUUUUGUCCAAGGUGACUUAAGUUUACACAAACACGCACUUUCGUCAUAUCGUAAUCGAGACCUAUUGUAAUUAAAGUGUCCUUUCCUGAAAAAAUAAUGGACACUUUUUGAAAGAAAUAAUCUCCUAGAUGUAUUUAAAUGUAAAAUACUGUAUAUACUUUAUAACAAGUUAAAGUAACUGUCAAAUGCACAUU